AUGGCGUCAGGUCCCGCUACUCAAUCGUUGAAGUGUGUAGUGACUGGUGAUGGUGCAGUGGGCAAAACAUGUCUGCUCAUCUCCUACACAACCAACGCUUUCCCCGGGGAAUAUAUUCCUACCGUCUUUGACAACUACACGGCUAGUGUGAUGGUGGAUGGCAAACCUAUUAGCUUAGGUUUGUGGGAUACCGCCGGUCAGGAGGAUUACGACCGUCUUAGACCGCUGUCUUACCCCCAAACCGACGUCUUCUUGAUCUGUUUUUCCAUCGUCAGCCCUCCAUCGUUCGACAACGUCAAGGCUAAGUGGUACCCCGAGAUCGACCACCACGCCCCCAAUGUCCCCAUCAUUCUCGUCGGAACCAAGCUCGAUCUGAGAGACGACCGGGCAACCGCCGAUUCCCUCCGGGCAAGAAAGAUGGAGCCCGUUUCAUACGAGCAGGCCCUUACCGUGGCCAAGGAAAUCAGAGCACACAAAUACCUCGAAUGCUCUGCUCUCACACAACGCAAUUUGAAGAGCGUGUUCGACGAGGCUAUUCGUGCCGUUCUUAACCCCCGACCCGCAGCAAAACCGAAGAGCAAGAAAUGCUUGAUUCUGUAG